AUGCACGUGAUCAGUGUCGUUUUAUACAUGCUUCGCCGUCGUAGGAGAAGUAAGCCGUUUAAUAACGGGUUUUGGCGGCGAGUUGUGGAGCCCUUCCGGCUGUUGAAAAACGAUGAUAUUACGACACUGACAUCCUCUUCUACGGCGAAGGAGGAAGCUCCAACGAGUGGUGACGAUCAGGUAUCAGAGAUGGUUGAGGUUUUCACGGCACCGUCUAGUUCUUCCGCUUCGGGAAUCUCUGGAUAUGGUUCGGCAAAGUCGUUACGCGAUUUGGAUUGUCUUGGUGAAGAUGAUUAUGAUGAUAACGAUGACGAUGAUGAUGAUGAUGAAGAAUGUUAUGGUGAUGAUAAUGGAGGUGAUGAGAUGAUUGACGCGAAAGCUGAGGAGUUUAUUUUGAGAUUUUACGAGCAAAUGAGGAUGCAAAAUCAGGCCUACACAGGACGUUACAAAGCCAAUGUGAUGAUGACGGUUAAGAGUUGA